AUGCAGAACUACAAGCGGCCUUACACCAGUCCCGCCAAGAGUAUGAAUUUAUGCAGCAAGCUGGGCCACGAUAUGAUAGGGGUGGCGGAUCGGGAUGUAGUAGUCGUCCUGAUCGAGGGAAGUGGUGGUGUAGGAGGCAGUGGUGGUGUUGGAGGCAGUGGUGGACCGCUGCCUUCGAUGUUCAGAAGGAGCCAGUCACAAGUCCCCGAGAGGGGAGGGCAUGGGCUGAAGGCGUGCCAUGCUGUCGGUAUUCCCGGCCGGAAAGUCGAUGACCCAUACUUUAAGGCUGCGAUCAUAGAGACCCAGAAACAAGGUGUUGGAAUCAAAAUACCAUCAGGGAGGGAGAUAGAUGGAAAAUAUUUGGAUGAGAAUGUGAAGGAGAUAGAGAAAGAGAUAGAGAAGUGGAAGAUCGAGUGGGAUGAAUGUGGAGUCACGAUCAUGUGUGAUUCGUGGACGGGGCCUAUGCGUAACUCGGUCAUUAAUUUCUUGGUGUAUAGCGGUGGCACCAUGUAUUUCUUGAAGUCCAUCAAUGCGUCCGACAAAAUACAGGACCAUCAAUACUUGUUGAAGGAGAUACGAGCAGUGGUCAUGAAAGUGGAGCCUCACAAUGUGGUUCAGCUUGUCACGGAUAAUGGUUCGAACUACAAAAAAGCCUGCAAAAUUCUCUGUCACGAGUUCCCUACCAUUGCAUGGCAGCCUUGCCUUGCCCAUACCAUCAACCUUAUGCUCAAGGACAUAGGGAAGUGGCCGGAGCAUGAUGCUUGUAUUCGAAGCGCGCAACGAAUUUGCAGCUGGCUCUACAACUCCAACAGUUUACACAGCAUGAUGAGGGAAGCCAUCGGUGGAGAGUUGGUCAAGUGGAAUGUAACAAGAUUUGGGACCAACUACAUGUUCCUUGAAAGCAUGUAUAAGAAGAAGGACCAGUUCAUGACAUGGUUAGUGUCACCUGAGUUCCGACGGUCCCGCCACUUCAAAAGUGAAUCUGGAAGGUACAUUUACGAAUGCAUCACAAGUCUUGAAUGGUGGGCGAAUAUGGAGUAUGUGAUCAAUGAUGUUGAGCCUCUGUACAUGUUUCUGAGAUUUGCUGACACAGACAAGACACCUAAUUUGAGUGAGGUGACAAUGGAGUAUCAAAACAUGAGGCAGACAUAUGCCAGCAAGUUCAGCAGUGACUACCCCCGGUUUGAAAAGAUCAUGGCUGUGAUAGAUGCAAGGAUGACCACAGUGAUGUCAGGCACAUAUAUGGCCACUGCUUGUGCUCUUAACCCUUACGUGCAGUACAGUUUGGGCACAUCACAGAAAGUAAUGGCAGUAAUGCGCAAUGGUCUGGAGAAAAUGUUGAAUACUAAUUCAGCAGCAAUUGCAUUGCAGGAAUUUGAAAUAUUCAGGACGAAGCAAGUUAGCAGUUUCAUGGAUCUUUCUUUGUACCGGCAGUCAUCAGCAAUUCAAGAUUGGAUGAAGCAAUCAAGGUCCAAUGGAGACCCAGCAUUUGAUGAAGACUCAGACUUCACUGACACUCUAUUGCCGAGCCAGAUGUUCACUGACAUAGGCUCUUCUCAUGGUCAUGAUGAAGAUGUGGAGACAUGGGCCGAAGAAACAAUUGGGGACACACAUCUGGGAAAAAGGAAGACUAAGAUUGGUCCCAAAAUGAGAAAAGGGAAGAAACCACGCACUGAGGAGGAGUUAGGUAGUGACGAUACCACACCUGAGCCUAGUGGUGGUGAGGACAUUGGUGGUGCUGGUGAUGAUGAUGAUGAUGAUGAUGAUGAUGAUGAUGAUGAUUCCAGUAGCAGUGAAGGUGAUGGCAAUGAUGGCAACGAAAGUGGUGGUUAUCGUAUAUCUUCUACUAUAAGGUUCACUUGGGAGGAGGACUUCACCCAUGCAACACAAGAUACAGAUCAUGGAGCACCUACUUCACAAUGA